GUCGGUUCGUCUCUUGUUCUUUGCACAAUGGUUACUGUCGACAAUGGUUACUAUUCGUCCGUCGAUGUGUAUAAAAGGACUACAGCGUCAAGGAGGGACCCCAUUCUGCCAUGCAGGCCAUUGACAUGAACGCUAUUUCCUCUGUUGUUUCUUUUCUUACCGGCGCGCUUGUUCCCUUCUGUUCUUCCACAAUGGUCCAGAAAAUUCGUUUCCAGCUCAUGAUAUCUCUCCGUUCAGUGCAGUCUCUGUCACUCAUCCCAUACGCCCAUCCUCCACGUCCCAUAUAUAAUGCCUGCCUCAUUACUGGCUUGCCGUGGGCCCGGUGGAUGAAUCUACUUGGGAACCAGCCGAUACACAUAGCUAUCACACCCCUUCAUGCCCAUGCAUGCAUUUCUUCCCGCAUGAUUACCCUCUGGCAGGCAGAUGAUGACUUAUGUCUGACGAAUAUGCCUUCCAUCGCUCGUCAGCGGCCUCUGGCGAAACCCAGACCAAAUGUUCGCGCUCAUCUGCCUAUUCGUGUACCCACUCUUCCCGACCUUAACCUCUCCGAGACAGACGCAGAUAUGAGCUGUGACUCAGAUGCCGAAUCUACUGCGUCAUCAUCGUGUUUCUCCUCUGCAUCGAGCGAGUCCAUGACCUCUGUAUCAUCCAGGGGUUCCUCCAAGUUGCGCUCUAAGCCUUAUCUUCCCCGCCAGGCCCAAGCGCCGGUGAUCGAGAUCAAGCGAGUCGUUACGACUUAUCUCUAUAACGGGGGAUCCACCAGUGUUGCUACGGGUGGUGUUAUGCUUGGCCCGCAAGCUACCACCAAAAAGUCUUCUCCACGUGUGUUACUUGGCCCAGACGAUGACAACUGGAGGCGCCGUGUUUGAGUGGGCGCAAUAUCUACUAUUUCAGGACUGUACUUUCUACUCUCGUGACACUUAUACUAUUCGUAGACCCUUGUGUAUCCAUAGCUUAUUCUACUUACCUCCAUAACCUUGUAUAAACAAUGUAGACGUCAUACCAUCCCAGUGAUAUCAUUUUUCGUUUUCCCUAGUCAGCAUU